UCAUGGUACCUAUAAAGCCUGGGUCCCCUGGUCUGGCUCGCUCUCCAAGUUGCUCCGGGCAGAGUUUCUACGAAAACAAUCCCUAUCCUAUCCCACGGGUGGCCAUCACCUCCACCCUCAAGGCACCAGUCCAUAUUGACGUUGGAGGCGUUAUUUAUACAUCUUCGCUUGAAACAUUAACCACCUAUCCGGAAUCUAAGUUGAGCAGGAUGUUUUCUGGUGCGAUACCCAUCGUGCUGGAUACUCUUAAGCAGCACUACUUCAUCGACCGGGAUGGGGGCAUGUUCAGACACAUUCUCAACUUCUUGCGCAAUCAGCGCCUUUUGUUGCCCUACGACUUCCCUUAUCUUGAAUUGCUGCUUGCUGAGGCCAAGUUUUUUGAGCUACAUGAAAUGGUGUAUUCGAUCAUGAUGUUGAAGAGCCAGCGUGAAGAGUUCAAGUACGAUUGGGAAUCACGAGAGUGUUCACUCAUCGAUGAGGAUGUUUGGGAAUAA